AUGAUGAGCGGGGAGCCCUCCAUCACAUAUCCUAUUGGCAAACGGGUCCGAUUAUACUGUGACUCUAAUCGAACGUUUGAGGGUUAUGUUUACACCAUUGAUCCGGUGAGCGGGAAUUAUGUGAUAUUCCGUUCCCUGGAUCACCCGUACGCUCCCACUAUCGUGUCCGGUGAAAUGGUAUCACGUGUCGAGGAGUUGGAGUCCCCAAUUCCCCGUGACAAAAUCAGCAGCCUUUUCGAAAAGUUUGACGCCGAAUUCGCCCUCGGUGAACAGCCGGAUCGCUUGACUUUCGAUUGUUCGCUUUCGCAAAUGCCUGAUACAGAUGAGUUAGAACGACGACGCCUGAAAGUUAUACAACUGUUCUCGGCAAACCGGAUUGAUCUCGUUAAAGAGGAAAAUGGCGUACUAUCGGUGAACAAUGUAGUUUUUAUCGCUCCUCCGUACACUAUCAAUCAUUGUACUGGAAGUAACGUGGUUGUUUUAAAUCGAGUGAAAAAAUUAAUGGAAAGCAUCGAAUUGUAA